CAAGCAUCUUGUGGGAAGCGGGGAGCAGUGCUUUGCCCAUCAGAUGGUGGGUGCCGUGGGCUCCGGACGCGAGUGACGGUCCGUGGGAAGCGAUGUUGGAGUUUUUCGUACCAUGUCCCCCGGCAGCACAUCAGCCAAAGCAUCUUUGUCCCUGGUAUGGACUAUGUCGGGUUUGUUAGAUGAUGUGCCCUGUGAGAGCUUUGAAGCCAACACGUUUGCAAAGAGCCUGUGCCAGCACUGCUUCCGAGCGGCGGGGGCUCACCAGCACGCUGGCCAGGAGCAUGCCGUGGAGGCCCGGGGGCACGAGGCUGGCAGCAGUACGGACCCAGGCGGGCCCUGGGACACCAUCUGCAUCGUAGCACCUCAGUGCGAGGUAUACGUGAGCGUGGGCCCCGCAGACGAGAGCGAGCGCUGGGACGAGGGCUGGACAUAUCCCCCGCUCAGCCCCAGAGCGGAGGGCGAGCACAGAGAAACCGGCACCAACCCUGGCACUGACCCCAGGACCUGUGCCGACACCAUCUCCACGCUCACCAGGGACAGGGAAAUGACCAGGCUGUGGGACAGUGUUUUGGGAUCGGGCAAGCGAGACAUGAUGAACUACACGGGCCACAAGGAAGAGGUGCGGACGCAAGCCCUGCAGGCAGACAGAGCCAGGUGGGGUCAGCCCGUUCCCUCUGCACCCUGGGCGAGAACAGAGUCCCAGAGCUUUAGGAAAGAAAUCUGCCCUCUGAAAGCAGAGUAUGGUCCAACAGGCCAGAAGCCUGAGGAGAGCUGGGAAAAGCGUCGCAAGGAGAACAGCUAUUCCUCCCUGGAGCACCGGAAAUCUGACCCUCCUUGGGCUUCCUCCCCACCGCGUGCCAGCCGCAGCCCCUCACCUGCCCGCAGUGACCCACCGGGCACUGGUGGGCACCUUGUUUUCUCCUCUGGCUCCCCAACUCGGGAGCCCAGUGGGCGCCCCAGCAGUGGAGGCACAGAUGGGCGGCAUGGGCUGGAGAGGCAGGCGUACACGGCGCUGGCUGACCUGCCCAAGCCCAAACGCCUCAGCCACAGGGAGGCUUUCGAUCGCAACAGCUCCCGCACACUCAGCCCUGGCCGGGUGGAGGUGGAGCGGAUAUUUGGCUGCGAGCGCAGGAAAUCGGAGACCCUGGAGGCCUUCCAGGCCCUGGAGGAGGGCCGUGUGGACCGGCUCGAUGGGAAGACCCCCGUGCCACCCAGCAAAGGUCGAGUAGCUCGGAGGCAGUCCAGCCCCACCCUAGCCAAAGAGCUCCUUCCUUGCAGCCCACUCUGCCUGUCACAGGGCCAGCGGCUCUCCCGGCACCUCGAGCAGCACAGCAGAGACCUCAAGGGGUCCCUGCGCUCCCCGAGCCCAGCUCGGCAUCUGGAGAGGAACAGCAAGAGCCGUGGGGACCCCCUGCACCCCAUAAGCCCAACUCCAUGGGCAGAGAGAGACUGGCGGAAACCAAGAGAGUCUGUGAGCCCUGUUCGGCAGCUGGAGAGGGACAGCAAAAGCCUGCGUUCCACAAGCCCAGCUCGCAGAUCGGAGAGGAGAAUAGGGGAGGCCACGAGCCCUCCUCAGCAUCCAGAGAAAGACUGGAGGAGCCGAGUGGAGUCCCUUCGCCCCACAAGUUUGGAGAAGCACGCAGAGAGAGACCGAGCAGCCUGGCAGACUGGGAGUACGGGGAAGCACAUGGACAGGAAGAGCCGAGGGGAUUCCCUGCACCCCGUGAGCCUCGGGAGGAGUUCGGAUAACAGCAGCCUCAGCCGAACAGGGCCUCUGCGAUUGGUGAGUCCCAGGAGACAGGCAGAGAGCACGUGGAAAAGCCAAAAGCAGAUUGCCCCUGCCGGCCCAGUGCGGAGUGCAGAGGGGAAAUGGAUGAAAUCGAGAGAGCCGCUGCAUGCUGGGGGCUCCGGGAAGCGCCCAGAGUGUGGCUGGCAGAGCCUCAGGGCAAAAUUGCAGCCUUCCAGCCCAGGGAAGGGCACAGACAGUGACCGGAAAGGCCGAGGCAAGCCCCUGCGCCCCAUGAGUCCAACGCAACCACUGGAGCAGGACUGGAAGAGUCAGGGAGAUGUCCGCCACGCUCAGAAGAUGGAGAAGGACUGGAAGCGCCAAGAGAAGCCCAUGUGCCAUGUGGACUUGAUGCACCAGCUGGAAAGGGACUGGAGGAGUCCCGCUAGAUGUCUAGAUGCAGGGCCACGGCCAGACAACAACUGGAAAAGGCCUGAGAGUCCAGCGCAGCGGUUGGAAGAUGACUGGAAGGGUCCAGAGCCAGCCCGAGCCUCAAACAACCCAGAAAAGCCAUUGGAAAGUGACUGGGCGAACAAGAAGAAUUUCAUUUAUCAUACCCAGCUGGGUGGAGGCAGCCUCCCACCACAAAGCAGUGCCAGCUCCCCGGGAAGCCAACACCCAUACCUGAAUGCCAGCGAGAAACACAACAAGCCAGAUCUCCUCAAUUUCAAGAAGGGAUGGAUGUCCAUCCUGGAUGAGCCAGGAGAGUGGAAGAAACAUUGGUUCGUGCUGACUGACUCAAGCCUGAGGUAUUACAGGGACUCUAAUGCUGAGGAGGCUGAUGACCUUGAUGGUGAAAUCGACCUCCGUUCCUGCACGGACGUGACAGAAUUUGCAGUACAACGCAACUAUGGCUUCCAGAUACACACAAAGGAUGCCACUUUCACUCUGUCUGCGAUGACCUCAGGCAUCCGGCGGAACUGGAUUGAGGCACUGAGGAAGAACGUGCGCCCAGUCAGCGCUCCGGACGUCACCAAGCUCUCUGGCUGCAAUAAGGAAAACUCAUUCCGAAACUACGUCCCUCAGAAGAGCUCGCUCAGGACAGAGGAGCAGCAGCGGCCAGGCUCGGGCUCCGAGGUGAUCUCCAAGGGCAGUCACUGGAAGGCAGAUGGGCAGCGCCAUGCUUUUGACUAUGUGGAACUGUCCCCCUUGCAGCAGGGCCCUGUGAAUCAGGGGUCCCCACAGAGGACAAGAGGGAGUUUGAGGGUCUCUGACCGAACUCCCAAGCAUGAGGAUCUGGAGAGGGAUCAGGCCAUCCGUUCAGAGGAGAGGCGGAAGUGGUUUGAAACCCCUGAUGUCGGGCUUCCGCACAGUGAUGGCCCAAUGGGGGACUCCUCCCGCAAGGUGGGGGAGCAGGAUGUCCCCACUCCCCCACUUUCAGAGGAGCAGCGGAUUCGACUGAGCGAGGAGAUAGAGAAGAAGUGGCUGGAGCUAGAACGUCUGCCUCUGAAGGACUCAGACAAGGGGAGCCACGGAGAUGCCAAUGAGGCACUGAAGAAAGAGGUCCAGUCCCUGCGGGCACAGCUGGAGUCCUGCCGGGCCCGAAACGAGAGCCUUCGGGAUGCAGUGAAAUCCCAGGGAGACAGCCACGUGCCCCGGGGGUACAUCUCGCAGGAGGCCUGUGAAGACAGCUUGGCUGAGAUGGAGUCAUCCCACAGGCAAGUGAUGGAGGAGCUCCAGAGGCACCAUCAGCGGGAGCUGGAGCGGCUGCGGCAGGAGAAGGAGCGGCUCCUUGCAGAGGAGGCUGCAGCGACAGCAGCAGCCAUCGAAGCACUGAAGAAAGCCCAUCGGGAGGAGAUGAAUAAGGAGCUGGGCAGGACACGCAGCUUUCAGCAGGGUGGCGCAGGCUCAGACGCCCUCCAGAAGCAGCACCAGUUGGACGUGGAUUCCCUGAAGCGGGAGCUGCAGGUGCUUUCAGAGCAGUACUCCCAGAAGUGCCUGGAAAUUGGGGAGCUCACAGAGAAGGCAGAGGAGCGGGAGCAGACACUGCAGCGCUGUCAGCAAGAAGGGAAGGAGCUCCUCCGGCAGAACCAGGAGCUGCAGGCCCGCCUCUCAGAGGAGAUCGGGAAGUUGCGAAGCUUUAUUUCAUCCCGGAGCUCCGGAGACCGGUCUCCGCACAACAACGAACGGAGCUCCUGUGAGCUGGAGGUACUGCUGCGAGUGAAGGAGAACGAGCUUCAGUACCUAAAGAAAGAGAUUCAGUGUCUCCGUGAGGAGCUUCAGAUGAUGCAAAAGGAUAAGAGAUUCGCCUCAGGGAAAUACCAGGACGUCUAUGCAGAGCUGAAUCACAUUAAGGCGCGCUCAGAGCGGGAGAUUGAACAGCUGAAGGAGCAUCUGCGCCUGGCCAUGGCGGCCCUGCAAGAGAAGGAGUCGCUGUGCAACAGCAUCAGCGAGUAACGGUCUACUCUUCAUUUGUUUAUCUGUUCUUGUUUUUUAUUUGCUCCGUUCCUCACUUAUGGGGAGGGAGAGGUUGAAUCCCAUUUGUUAUCACCUUGGCAAGAAAUCCCCCCUCCCCACGCAACCUCCUCACUCCUCUCCCAAAGCUUUCAAUGAAGCCCUUCCAAAUCCCUUUCGCCCGCGUAUCUGAGCACAUUGUUUGGAAUGGCUCUUUACAUGCACCUUCUUCAGGAUUUUAUAUGUGAAAAAUUAUAUUUUAUAGAAGUUUGGGGUUUUUUUUUCCCCCUGGGAAGAGGGGGCACAGGAGGGGAAAAGCUUCUUACAUCUCCAGCAUCUUCUAACCUGAAAAAGAGAAGCUGUUUUCCCUCCUCCCCAGCCACAUUCCUCUUAGCCACAUAGCCACCUUUGGCAGGUCCUAUUUCCUUCCUUCCAAAUGUCUCUGAGGUCCCGCUGGGACAUACUGCAAGGACAGUGCUCUCCCCACGCCACCCCCAGGGACCUGCAGACAACACAGACAAAAGCCAUAGGAGGGAGCUAAGGGGCGGUCUGCCAUGGAUGUGCUUCAAAAGAGGAGACCUUGGCAAAAGGCUGCAUGAUGAAGCUCUCGGUGACUGUCCUUUGGCUCCUUCAAGAACUGAAUAGGCAGGAACCUCGAAUCGUGGGGGCUGCCCCUCCUCAGGACCAGGGAGAUCCUCUCCUCUCCAGGGAAGAGGAGCUGUGAGGUUGCUACUGCCCCGGCCGGAGCCAGCUCUUGAGGGUGGCAGCUGCUGCUCUGCUGUGCAGUUCAACUUUUAACUUAAUAAAAUCUUCUGUACAAUGAA